UUUUUGUCAGUCUCUCCGCUUUUAAAGUUUCAAUAUCAUUCUUCUCCGCGAGUUCGUUAAUAAAAUUAGUCGAAAUCUGUGUCAAUAUUUACAAUAAAAGAUUGUGAACGCUCGUUUAAUAUAUUGUUCCGUGUAUUAUAUUGUUGUGAAAAGAAAAGGAAAUAUCUUUUACCGAAUUCUUUUAAAGGAUUCCUGUUUAUGAAAGAUCUGAAUUAUAGUCUAGAAAUAUACUCCCAGAUAGCUGUGAAGUGAAUUGAAAUAGCGUUUCGCCGUCCUAGACCUUUUAUUUUUAUUCAACAACGCAAACCGAGCGGCACCACGUUUCGUCACAGCAAGCUGCGUUACUCAAAUCACUUUCCAUCACGAGGUUCUCCACUAAAGGGGCGCGAGCAGUCAUUUAAAGCAGCGUCAUUGAGUCGGAUCGAAACAGGAUCGCGGGCGGGCGCGGGCAGCGAUUGUGGCGGUGGUGCGCCCGCCGGCGGCGACGUCCGCCCUGGUUACGGUUAUGAAGCACUUUCAGCGACCAGCGACGGCAGUGAUCAGGAAGCCGACGAGGUGCCAGAAUACUCUCCCUUCGAGAUGGAAUUAUCAGGUGGAGGAGAGUCUGUCGAGGGACCCUCGUCGAGAGGAUCAGCAAAAGUUAAUUUUCCACCUGACGUUGAAAUGGAACGCAGGCCUACUGCUACUUUCGCUGGUGCUGCAGCUGCAGCGUUUCACCGUGGGCGAGGACGUUCUAUGAGUGCUUGGAGUGAUAUAAGUCGAUCCAGUAUAAGAUUUGAGGAACGAGUUCGAGUCGAAUACUAUGUAAACGAGAAUACUUUCAAAGAGAGACUGCAACUGUAUUUUAUAAAAAAUCAACGCUCGAGUUUACGCAUUAGAAUUGUCAACCUGUUCUUCAAGAUUCUCGCUUGCUUGCUUUAUAUUUUCCGCGUCUGCGCCGAUGGAGACCCUAUUUCUGCUACUUGUUAUGGAUGUAAACCGGGUAAUAAAACUGAAUUUGAGUUUUCGGCUAAUCUCACGGAAGAGGAGUUUCAAGAGCAUCCUAUCAUAAACUGGGACGGCAUAGUAUGGGUGAAUCGACCGCUAUACUUAUGGGGAGUCCAAGUUGUAUUGGCUAUGAUCUCUCUAGCGGAGGCUAUACUUCUCGUUUAUCUCGGAUACAAGGGCAACAUCUGGCAACAGAUAUUAUCAUUCCAUUUUAUCUUGGAAAUGGUGAACACGGUCCCAUUCGCACUGACUAUACCGUUCCCUCCCUUAAGAAAUCUUUUCAUCCCGGUUUUCUUAAACUGCUGGCUUGCCAAGAGGUCUUUAGAAAAUAUGUUUAACGAUUUGCACCGCGCAAUGCAGAAAUCCCAGUCGGCACUCUCACAGCAACUUAUGAUAUUAUGCGUCACCCUACUCUGCCUUGUAUUUACGAGUGUUUGCGGAAUCCAACAUUUUCAACGUGCUGGUCACCGUCACUUGAACCUAUUUCAAGCCACCUACUUCGUGGUAGUAACGUUUUCAACCGUCGGCUACGGAGACUUCGUACCAGAUAUCUGGCCAUCUCAAAUGUAUAUGGUCAUUAUGAUUGGUGUUGCUCUCGUGGUCUUACCCACUCAAUUUGAACAACUCGCAUUCACUUGGAUGGAAAGGCAAAAGUUGGGUGGUUCUUAUUCGUCCCACCGAGCUCAAUCCGAAAAGCACGUGGUUGUUUGCUCGACUACUCUCCAUGCAGAUACUAUUAUGGAUUUCCUAAAUGAAUUUUAUGCCCACCCUCUUCUACAGGAUUAUUAUGUUGUCCUUUUGUCACCGAUGGAACUCGAUACAACCAUGAGGAUGAUAUUACAGGUUCCCAUCUGGGCCCAGCGAGUUAUUUACAUCCAAGGAUCAUGUCUUAAAGACACAGACCUGAUUCGUGCUCGCAUGAACGAAGCCGAGGCUUGCUUUAUACUGGCUGCUAGAAACUAUGCCGAUAAAACAGCAGCUGAUGAACAUACCAUUCUAAGGUCGUGGGCGGUUAAGGAUUUUGCCCCAAAUGUUCCACAAUAUGUUCAAAUUUUCCGACCCGAGAAUAAACUUCACGUGAAAUUCGCGGAAUUCGUUGUCUGUGAGGAUGAAUUUAAAUAUGCCUUGCUGGCUAACAACUGCACCUGUCCAGGAGCAUCUACCCUAGUAACUCUACUGUUGCAUACAAGCCGUGGCCAGGAAGGACAACAAUCUCCCGAAGAAUGGCAUAGACUAUAUGGCAAGUGUUCUGGAAACGAAAUAUAUCACAUUGUUUUGGGUGAUAGCAGAUUUUUUGGAGAAUAUGAAGGCAAGAGCUUCACUUAUGCAAGCUUCCAUUCCCAUCGAAAAUACGGUGUUGCCUUAGUAGGCGUCCGACCAGCUGAACUUCCUGAAUUUUAUGAAGAGACUAUACUGUUAAACCCUGGACCACGGCACAUUAUGAAAAGCAGCGACACUUGUUAUUACAUGAGCAUCACGAAGGAAGAGAAUUCUGCUUUCGUUGUUUCCGAUAAACAAACGGAAUCAAAGCCCAACACUAAUCCUAAAGACCAAACAGCUUGUAGCCUUCUCUCAAACGCAAAGAAAACCGGAGACGCAGAAGAUGGCACAGCACCGCAGCAAAAAAGACCAGACGGUAGUAAUGUGGCUCACUACGAUCUCCCACAAGUGAUUCUACAAGCUCCCGCGAGUUCCACACCAAAUGUAUCGCCAUCACGCAUCAAACCAGCUAAAACUGUUUCAUCCGCUAAUUUAACUGUUGCUGGCUCUCGACUUGGUGACGGAGCUUCAACUUCUGGAUCGGAUUCUCGAACAUGUUUAAAAGAGUCCCCAGCCACAGAUAGUGCGACUGACAGUCAUCUACUACUGCCACGGCCUGACACUAACUUCUUAAGCCCCGACUCUCUUAGUUGCCGAAGAGGUAGCAGACGUCCGUCGAUUUUGCCUGUACCCGACAUGGUCACCAGCAGUCUCAAUAUAGCCUCAGAUAACCAGGAUGAAGAAGCAGAGGCUGAUGAAAGUGAGGACGAACUUGAAGAUGACGUGCCUUGGAGGUCGCCCUCUGAGAAGAUUGCAGACGACGCGACUACCACCUCGCUAUCCUCACUGGACGCCAGCGAAAAGCAUUCAGCAUGGCGUAACGACUUCAGCAGAAUUGUUAAAGGGUUUCCACCAGUGUCACCUUUUAUCGGCGUAAGUCCUACACUGUGCUACUUGCUUAAAGAGAAAAAGCCGCUAUGUUGCCUACAGCUUGCACAAGUUUGCGAGCAUUGUGCGUAUCGAAACGCUAAAGAAUACCAAUGGCAGAAUAAAACUAUAAUCCUGGCUGCCGAUUAUGCUUCGAAUGGAAUCUAUAACUUUAUAAUUCCAUUGCGGGCUCACUUUCGUUCUAAGACAUCGCUUAAUCCAAUAAUUCUGCUUUUGGAACGGAGACCUCACAUCGCAUUUUUAGAUGCUAUAUCAUACUUUCCAUUGGUUUAUUGGAUGCUUGGUUCCAUUGAUUGUUUGGAUGAUCUCUUAAGAGCCGGUAUAACUCUAGCAGAAAACGUGGUGGUUGUUAAUAAGGAACUGUCGAAUUCGGCUGAAGAAGAUAGCCUUUCGGACUGUAACACCAUAGUGGCUGUCCAAACAAUGUUCAAAUUCUUCCCUUCGAUUAAAUCAAUAACAGAAUUGUCUCAGUCUUCGAAUAUGCGAUUCAUGCAAUUUCGAGCUCACGAUAAAUAUGCUUUACAUUUGUCUAAGAUGGAAAAGCGCGAAAAGGAGAGAGGAUCUCAUAUAUCAUAUAUGUUCAGACUACCUUUCGCUGCUGGGUCUGUAUUCUCAGCCUCCAUGUUGGAUACAUUACUUUACCAGGCAUUUGUAAAGGAUUACGUCAUAACAUUUGUGAGGCUUUUACUCGGCGUAGACCAAGCACCAGGCUCGGGAUUCCUAACAUCAAUGAAAAUAACAAAGGAGGACAUGUGGAUCCGUACGUAUGGGAGAUUAUAUCAAAAGCUAUGCUCAACAACCUGUGAAAUUCCGAUAGGCAUCUAUCGUACUCAGGAUACAAGUCUGGCCGACCAGGCGCACCACGUGAGUAUGUCGCCUCGCGGCCCGUCAGGGUGGUUCUGGCCAGGCUUCGCGGGGAUGCGACCAUCGCGCGCAUCGCAGGCUUCGGGGAAUGCGGGGGUGAACGGAGACAGUGGGUCCUCGGAGAGGGGAAGGACGCGAUCGCGUCGCAGCCCCACCGGUUGCUUGAGCGGAUGCUACGGAGAGCGUACGCCAGCGUAUUCAACCAGUUUGGCAGAUGAAGCAAGAGAUAAUCAUGCGCAACAAAUCGAAAGAGCUGAAAUUGCUAAUCUUGUAAGAUCUAGAAUGGAAUCUCUGAAUUUAACUGGAAUUGACUAUGAUGAUGUUAGUGAGAAACGAAACAGCUUAUCAUACGUUAUUAUCAACCCAAGUUGUGAUCUCAAUUUACAGGAAGGCGAUAUUAUAUAUCUUGUACGUCCUUCACCUUUCUCUGCCCAAAAGACCUUUGAGAGACAUAACAGCCGACGCAAGUCAAACAUCAGUUUUUGCUCAGGAGCUCUUAUUCAGGCUGCUGCCGGUAGCCGUCGUGGCUCCGCUCUAGCAGGGCUCACCAGCCUCUCCCCUAGGGCUCCGCCACUCACCUGCACAAAAGCCAAUUCACUAUCCCUACCUGAUAGUCCUACAAUCAUUACCGAUUUCCGAGGACGUUCUAAUUCUUUGCGUGUCGUAGAUGACAUUUUGCUCCGCCGCUCAAACUCCUUGCGUCAAGGUCUUGGGACACCUGGUAAUUCGCGACGUCGAAAGAGCAGUCUUGAAGAGAUUGGAAUUUCUCACUUUAAUUCACUUUUACAACAUCAACAACAACAACAGCAACAGAAUGCAAAUGCUAUUAAGAUAGCUCUGAAUGGGAGUAUUGGUCUUGAAGUGACACCACCAGAUGAGGGACCUAUGGAUCGGAUGGGAGGGCAUCUAGGUGGAUAUCAAGAUAUGGCCGCCGCAUUACCACCGACAGCAUCGCAAUCAGGAUUGCCACCAGAUUUUGCCGAUCCGCAGCAUUUGCAGGGGACAAUCGUAUGAUACCAUCUCAUGUGGGGACGACGACUUAGUUCCGUAGUCAGAAAUAAGUGGACCUAAGCUGGAUGAAGCUAGAUCAACUUAUUUCGGAACCCAUUUUCAACUCGUAGCGUCUCUACUAUGCACGUACUCCUAGUGUUUCAACCUAAAAAUUUCCAAAGAAACUUCAAAGUGAGUGAAUGGAUCGAAACAAUACGCGGCAGUGAAAUCUGUGUAUUGUAAGCGGGAUCAACUAGGUUUAUGUAAAGGAUAUAUGGCGUAAGGCUGUAAAUAACGAGGCUUUCUUUGGUCUUAAUACUUAUCUUAACUGUAAAUAAGAGUACGUCUAGCGAUUAACUCUUACACUUUAUAUUUACAAACAAUUUAAUGCAUUUAUCAUAAAAAUAUUUACCUGCAAUUGUAGCAAAUAUAUACUUUAGAUUUAGUAGACAUUAUAUCUAUAAUAAAAAUUUUUGUUUAGAUUCCGCAUUCAAAGUAUACACGUACCUGCAUAUGUUAUAGUUACAUAUACUUAUUACUAUUAUUAUAUCAUGUAACUAUUUAGAUUUGUUGACAGUAUCAAAAUAACUCAAAUAGAGAAAAUUACAAUCAAUAAAGUCAUUAUGACCACACA